CGCGCUGGCAGGCGCGGGUUGCGGAGGGCCGGUUUGGGGCGCGCACCGCGCGGCGCGGCGCCGGCAUGAGGGAGCUGCCGCCGGGCCCGGCGAUGGAGAGCGACAUCUUGGACGCGCUGGAGGCCCUGGGGUACACAGGUGCCCUGUUGGAGGAGGAAGCACUGAACAAAGCAGCAGAAAAUGGAUUGUCUUCACCAGAAUUUUUUGAGCUUUGUGUUUGGUUAGGUUCCCAAAUAAAAUCACUUUGCAAUAUGGAAGAAAGCAUCACUUCGGGAGAUGGUAUGAAAGAUAUAGAGAGCUUCCAGCUUGAGAUGAGUGGCUUUCUGAGAGAAAUGGCUUGUCCAUAUUCAUCACUUAUAUCUGGAGACAUCAAGGACAGAUUAAGAGGGAAAGAAGAUUGUCUUAAACUCCUGUUAUUUCUAAGUACAGAACUUCAGGCUUUAAGGAUACUGCACAGCAAGAAAAUCAAACGCUCUCAUUUGGAAAAGCACAAUGAAAUUAUUCAGGAAGUGCAAGCUAUUUGCGAUGUACUGGGUCUGCCAAACUCCUCGUCUUCUGGUAUUCUUCCCUUGUUAACCAAUGUGGAACAAAAGGUAUGGGCUUUUAUGUGUUCUCUCUAUUGCUAAACUAUAAGCAUUAUCUCUGUAAGCAUUCAUCCUAGAGUUAAGGGCCCAGCAGCCUUGUCUAUAAAAGCCCUACCUGACAAAUGUGAGGGAAUUUUAAUUCUGAAAGCCACCUUAGUGUUUUAAGUUAAACUAUUUUAGUUAUGAGAUGAAGUUUCAGCAUUUCCCUGAGGUUGCCAUCUACAUAAUGAGACAUACUUUGCCAUGCAAGUUUAAGGUAUCAGAUUUCCUCUUACCCAUUCAAAUGUGCUGCAGCAAGCAGAAGAUUUUGGGUAAUAACUGAUUGUGCAUUUAUGUACCUCUAAUUAUUUCUGGGAUGUAUUUAAAUGUAAUAUCCAAAAUUUAAAUUAGUUCUUUUUAGUUUGUCAAUUUCUUAAUUGCAAGUAUUGAUUUGUUAGUGCCAUUGCUUUAGUUGCAGAAGAGGAUGAAAAUACCUGAAUUGCCAGUAGUCAGCCAUCUCAAGUCAGCCACCUUAAGCCUUAUUCAACAGGAUAGUUCUUUGUGUAGUGUCCCUCCAGGUUCUAACUCAUUUCACUGUCAUGAUUUUUAGUCUGAUUUCCCUAUUGCAGAAUGUACAUAGGCUCUUGAGGUGGCAUUUAUCUUUUGUGUCAGACAGCUGAAAGUUUUACUUUUAUUUCUCUCUAGUAUUAUUUCUCUCUCUAGAGAGUGGGUGACCAACCCCCCUUAAGAGGGAAAUGAAACUCCUUCUGCUUCUGAGUCUUUUUACAUGCCUUUACAUGCUUCUGAAUGAUUUUACAUUGAUUAUUCUUUUUAACUUUCUCCUCAUCAACCAGUGAGCAGUUGAACAUUCAGAGAUUUUGGGGAGAGGGUCUGUUACAUGGUUUUGUUACAUCUGUAUGUCUUUAGCCUGACAAGACAAAACCUUUGAUUUAUAAAAAUUAAGGUGACAAUGAAAAUGCCUAUUCCUGCACUAUUAACUUUGCUUGAUCUAUUUAGUUCUAAGGAAAUCUUUAGUCUUUCUGUUAUAUGUUUUUGAAAGGAUGAAGAAACAGUUCUAGCACUGUUUUCUGAGAAUUAAAAUGUCUGAGUUACAGCUAAUAACUAAUUGAUUUAAACUGGCCUGCUACUGCUGAUCUCCCUCUGUGGGUGUUACCUGUGUUUACAUUCAUGUGUUGUAUGCUGCAGCUAUGGCCAGUGGCCUUCCUUGCUUCACUUGUCAGGUACAGAUUUACUUUCAUCCCAUUAUGGGGAUAGGACUCUAGUUCUGCAGUUGUGGGACAGCAAGACCAGACCUGGUGCACCAGUUCAUUCAUACACAGGUAGUGAUUCUAGAAGAUUUUGUUUGAAUUAUUAGACACCUGGUAUCUGCCACCUUUUGCAAAGUCUGAGAUUUCCUAUCAGAUAAGACCACAGGCUUCAAUUGUGUGUGUAGUGUUGCUGUCACAGUUUGUGUAAACUGUUAUGGUUUCAGAAGUACUAAAGUGAACAAAAUCUUUAAAGCAUGUUAUCUUUUUUUAUUUUAUUUUUUUAAAUAGUACUGUCUGGGCUAUUUUCCAGUAGUUUUAAGGUCAGUCAGUUCCAUAGUGGUUAUACCACUUGUACUCACUUCAGAGUCUAGAAAUGCAGCAAAAGUAGUUUGUUCAUCUUCUGUGCCUCCAAAUUAAUAGUGUAAAUUUUUCUCUGCAUGUUUCAUCCCUUAUAAACAAAGGAUUUUUUCCUACCUCUUAGAUUUUGUAGAAUUUCUACUAUCUGUUUGCUUGUCCUUCACCCAUUACUCUAAUAUAGGACAGUUUCAGAGUUAUUUUGAUACAUUACAGAGUUAGAGACCUAUGUUUAUAGGUAUAGCUGCAUUAGAAAGGUAAUACCACCAAUUAAAGUUCAUUGGCUUUGUAAACAUUUUUUUGAGCACCAUUUGUUACCUUUUUUAAUAUUCUCACAAAAAUUCACAUGAAAUGAUUGCAAAAUAUUUUUGCAAAUAUUUUGUGGCUUUUGAUUUAAUUAGAUUCUGCAUUAAGUUGCACUGUUGAUUUUU